ACACACGCGACGCCCCUUGUCCCUCCCCUCCCCCUCCACAGCUGUUAUAUAAUGACAAAAGAAUUUAUUGAAAGUGAAACCAAAAUUGAGGCACGGCAGAUGCUCGCUCGCGUCGUUCGUUUGCCGCUUAAAUGGCACACAAUUCCCACUCCAUUUAUUACCGAAAACUGGCUAUAUCCAACGCGAAAGUGUAACACUGAUCAGCGCUUCCCCCUCUCACGCUCUCACUCCAGCAUUGUAGAUCUUUAGACCACUUUGGGCCAGUGUCCAGUGCCCAUGAUUUAUGCUCGAGUGUGGGGCCCCACUUCAGAGCUGUCCGAUGGAGUGGCGGACAUUCAGAACAGCGGCUAUAAAAGCCAUUCGCUACAGCCCAGAACGGCCCACAAUUUACGCAGAUUAAGCUGAAGAUGAAGCUACUCCGGUUGAGGCUGCUCCGCCUGCUCUGCCUCCUGUGCCUCUCCUCGCUGAUCUCCGCCCGCCAGGUGGGCAAAUGCAGCCUCGCCCGCCAGCUCUAUCGCUAUGGCGUGCCCUACAGCGAGCUGCCCGACUGGCUGUGCCUCGUGGAGGGCGAGAGCUCGUUCAACACCAAAGCUAUCAAUCCCUCGAAUGUGGAUGGCUCCGUGGACUGGGGCCUGUUCCAGAUCAACGACAGAUACUGGUGCAAGCCGGCGGACGGGCGUCCCUCCACGGAUCUCUGCCGGCUGCCCUGCCGCCUGCUGCUCAGCGACGACAUCCGCUACUCCAUAGCCUGUGCCAAGUACAUCAGACGCCAGCAGGGAUUCUCCGCGUGGGUGGCGUGGAACAACCGCUGCCAGGGCACCAAGCCGCAUGUGAGGCAUUGCUUUAGAAGGAGGUACAGGAACUCAGGUUGAUUCUUUCU